UAUGAGCACUUAUGUCACAUAUCAUGUGUCAGCUUCCUAUAUAAGGAGACUCCUCUUAGUCAGAUAUCAGCCUCAGCUGGGACCAAGUUGGUGACACAGACGUUAUCUUUCUUCACCAGGUGAAAGGGAAUUUGAAGCUCUAACUAUGGCUCGUCUGGAGAAUGCAAUUGAAACCCUUGUGAAAUUGUUCGAAGAGUACUCUGACUGUGAUGGUUACAUUGCCAAGAGCGACUUCAAGGACAUGUUAGACAAAGAAAUCGCAAACCCAGAGAUUAAGGCUGAGGUCACUGAAGAAGUAGUGGAUAACGUCCUUGGGGCGCUCGAUAGGGACAAGGAUGGAUACUUCAGCAUCAAAGAGUUUACUGUGUGUGUGGGUUUAAUGACCAGGUGUCUCUACAAUGUGGAAAAUGCUUCAUAGAAGUGAAAAAAAAAGAAACAGUCGAAUGAUUAUAAAGCCUUUGAAGACUUACUGUCACAUUGUGUAACAAAAUGCAGACAUGGCCCGCACAACAUUUUCUGCAUUGACAUAAGAAUAUAGAAAUGUGACUCCAGGUCUGUGAUGUGGAUUGAAUUUUAAGUAUC